GAGCAAUCGAAUGUCGACGUAGACCUCCAGUCAUAACAUCCGCUAGGGAAGUCGAGAUAACCAUGGAUCUACACUAGAAUACACAAUUACAAGCCCAAAAGGAUUCAGAAAUGGAUUUUGUCGAGAACGCGGGGUCUGAGUCGGAAUCAGACUACCUUCCUCGUCCCACUGCCCCAGAACCUGAACCCAAUGUGACUGUGAAGGAAGAGGAAGAGGAGGGACAUAGUGACAUGGCUGACCCAGACCACCUCUCAGGUCUCACCGUGGCAGAAAGACCCAUAUUUAAUAUGAUUAUCAAAGAAGAGGAGGAGGAAGAUGAUGAAGCAGAUGCAGAGGAAGAUGAAAUGGUUUACCCAGGAGACAGGAUAAAGUUGGACCCAGACUAUCUUCCAGAAAUGCCCGUGGCAACAGGGCAACCACAACACCAGAAGAAGAAGGCUGCGAAGAAGCUUCAUCCAUGUCCUGACUGUGGGAAGACAUUUGACAGACCAUCACACCUAGAGAGACAUGAGAAUACCCACACUAGAAUCAAGAAGCUGGCCCCUGACUACACUUGUUCUUACUGUGGCAAGAUCUUCGCUAAACCGUCAAAGCUGGCUCGGCACGAGCGAGGACACACCGGAGAGAAACCAUACUCUUGCUGCAAGUGUGGGAAGUGCUUCGCUGAGCCGGGGCACCGGAAGAGUCACGAGCUGACGCACAAUGAAGAGAGACCGUACACCUGCGCCGACUGCGGGAUAGGCUUCUUCAACCAGUCCAAGCUGCAACGGCACCAACGCACACACACGGGUGAGAAACCGUACUGCUGCACCGAAUGUGGGAAGACCUUUGCUCGUUCAGGAGGCCUAAAGACUCACUGGCUAAGCCACACGGGAGAGAGACCAUACCUCUGCUCCGACUGUGGGAAAAGCUUCUUCAGCUCUGGGGACCUGAAAGUCCACCACUUGACCCAUACCGGAGAGAAACCACACAGCUGCUCCGUGUGCGGGAAGGGUUUCGCUCAGAGGGGGAACAUGAGGGCUCAUGAACGGUCUCACUCCGGGGAAAGGCCUUACAGCUGUGCCGACUGCGGGGCCAACUUCGCCCAUUCUAACUAUUUAAAGAUACACCGGCGCAUUCACACGGGCGAGAGACCCUUCCCAUGCCCUGUCUGCGGGAAGAGGUUUAUUCUAUCCGGGCACCUCGGGAGACACCAGAAAACACACAUACCCAAAAACAACACUUAGGAGAACACACAUAUCCAAACACACACGGGACACACUCAUGAGCUUACUGAAGUAUAUUUUAUUUGCGUAUAAUCAUGAACUACAAUGAAACGGAUGAAGAACAAAAAAUAAAAGACAUGGUAAAAAUCCUGAGAGAGCGAGGGUAAGGGAUGCUCCCCCGUGAAGCUCCGCCCUCAACACUUCUCAUUCCAUACUGUGUCCCAAAUGACCCCGUUCCCUAUAUGGUGCACUACCGGGUCAACGGUCAAACCUAUAUAGAGCAGAGGGUGCCCAUUGUCCUGUUCCACUGUUUUAAUCUAAACAUUGUGUAGAAUUUAUUUGGCAGGUUGUUGUGUGUGUGUGUGUGUGUGUAUAUAUAUAUAUUUAUAUAUAUAUUGUGUGUCUUUGUCCUGAACUUUUUUGGUGGUUUUCAUAAUGUGAGAGCUCUGGUGAGUAAGGUUUCUAUUGUAGUUAGUUACUUGUCUUACCCGACUUUUCCCACAUUUUGUUACGUUACAGCCUUAUUCUAAAAUGUAUUAAAUUGUGCCCCCCCUCAAUCUAUACACAAUACCCCAUAUUGACAAAGCAAAAAGGCCUGUCUCACAAUCCCUGCUGCUGAAAAACAUCCCCACAGCUUGAUGCUGCCACCACCGUGCUUCACCGUAGAAAUGGUGCCAGGUUUCCUCCAGAUGUGACGCUUGGUUUCAUCAGACCAGAUAACCUUGUUUUUCAUGGUUUGAGAGUCCUUUAGGAGCCUUUUGGCAAACGCCAAGUGGGCUGUCAUGUAGCUUUAACUGAGGAGUGGCUUCUGUCUGGCCACUCUAACAUAAAGGCCUGACUGAUCUGCAGAGAUAGUUGUCCUUCUGGAAGGUUCUGCACAGAACUUUGGAGCUCUGUCAAGAGUGAUCAUUGGGUUCUUGGUCACCUCCCUGACCAAAGCCCCUCUCCCCCUCAGUUUGCCUGGGAAGAGUCUUGGUGGUUCCAAACUUCUUCCAUUUAAGGAUGAUGGAGGCCACUGUGUUCUUGGGGACGUUCAAUGCUGCAGGCAUGUUUUGGUACCCUUCCCUAGAUCUGUGCCUCGACACAAUCCUGUCUCGGAGCUCUAUGUACAAUUCCUAAAACCUCACGGUUUGGUUUUUGCUCUGACAUACACUAUCAACUGUGGGACAUUAUAUAGACAGGUAUGUGCCUUUCCAAAUCAUGUCCAAUAAUUUGAGUUUACCACAGGUGUACUCCAAUCAAGUUGUAGAAACAUCUCAAGGAUGAUCAAUGGAAACAGGAUUUACCUGUGCUCAAUUUCAAGUCUCAUAGCAAAGGGUCUGAAUAAAGUAUUUCAAUUACUUUUUUUCAGAUUUUGCAAAAAUGUAUCAACACUGUUUUUGCUUUGUCAUUAUGGGUGAUUGUGUGUAGAUUGGUGAGGGAAAACAUGACAUUGAAUCCAUUUUAGAAUAAGGCUGUAACGUAACAGAAUCUGUAUAAAAGGAAAGGGUCUGAAUACUUUCUGAAUGCGCCGUACAUUAUGAAAGUAACGCAUUGCUAACUAUAGUUAUUGUUACUCAAAUACAAAGUGUAAUUAGUUAUGAUACCUUGUUACUGAUUCAAGUAAUCAUAUUAUUGUACCACAUUAUGUUACUGACAAGUUAACCCACGAUCCUGGUGAAAUGGACAUCAAUAUGCCUGAAUAAAACCUU